AUGCAUAAUUUUCGAAAAUUUGCAAGAGGCUAUAUGCAGACAAUGCUAUAUGGAGUUGAAGAAAGACCUAAGUUUAAAGUAUCAUACAGAAUUUAUCAAAUUAGAUGGACGGCACAUUUUACUUUAUUUUGCAUCUAAUCAAUCAUUUUUAAUAUUUGUCUAUUAUCGUGAAUGCAAAUUAAAAUAAACCUUAUAGCGACUUUAAAUUAGCCUAUUCACAAAGCUUUUUAGAGUUUUUUAUUUUAAAUAACACCUUGAGGUCUUCAAUGACAUCAAAUCUGGCAUUUGUAUUAAUUGCGAUCUCAUUUGCCUCCCAAUUAAUACUCAUUAUGUUUUUGAUAUUUUCCACAUUCAUUAGAAUAUGGACAGCCAACCUUAUUAGAAGAGAUAUCACAGGAAGUGAUAACAUGAAUUCCCAAAUUUAAUAAUGGGUCAUGAGUUUUAAUGAAACUCUUCAUUGGUUUUUUGUCCUCUAUCCUGUAAUUUAUCUCCAAAUUGCAGUAAUUUCCUUCAGUUCCCUUACCUGCAAUUCUGUAAGCAUUUUUCCAAAAGCAGAAUGCGACAUAGGAAUAGGAACUCAGAUACUAGCCAUUACUCCGUUGGUGAUUUCUUAUAUCAAUGGACAGAUAUUGAUCUACAUAAUGAGGAAUCACAGAUUUCACGAGCCCAAUUCCUUAAAAAGAAGAUACUCCUCCUUAUUAUUACUAAAUAACACAGUAAUUCUGAUAGAGAUUUUUUCACAUUAUAUUUAUGAUGUAAAAUGAUAUCAAUGAAUUAAUAGUUUGAAGUAGCACAUAUUUUGAAGUAUUCAAUGGCUAACCUAUUUGCCAUAAAUUAAAUUGUAGAUCAAUUGACUAAUUUCCCUUACAGAGAUCCUAUCAGAAUCCCAUCCAUUAGAUUGGCCUUAGUAUAUGCUUGGAUAGUAUUAUGUGUUACUGCUUUCAAAUUUGGUCUGCUUGCUGAAGAAAACCUCUUUUUCUUCAUUGUCUUGCCAUUGCCAGGAUUAGCCAUUGUUGGCGAAACUUUAUCCUCUUUGUUUCAGAAUCAUGCAAUAUUGAAUUAUAACUCUAGCAUUCAGAUAGAAGAAAAACACAUUAUUAUUGCAGUUGAUUAGUUCUAUAAAUACCAUAUUGACUAUUUAAAAGUAUAGAUAUUAGUAAUUGAGUUUAGGACCCUUACGCUCAAUUACAAUAUUUUCAGUUUUUAAUGAUCCAUCGCUUGUAUUGCAAAAAUAAUAAGUGCUAUUCCAAAGCCAAACGCUUUUAGACCUUGAAUGUAGAUUAGAAGAAGGAUCUUAACAUACUCACUCUGAGCAUCAUCAAAUGUAUAUUUAAGGCAGCCCAAAACUGGCUGUUUUCUAUGUACUCUUUAUAUUAAUAAAAUAGUCAUAAUCUCAAUGCAGAUUUGUAGUUUGAGCAGUUGUAAUUAUAGUAUAUUAGUUUCGUUUCAGAAAUUGCUCAAAAGCCAUUACUGGGCUAUUUAGAAUUGAGACAAUAUCAGAACAAUAAAUUGAAUAACAAUUCAACAUAUUUUGUUGAGAUCACUAAUAAAUUGGCAGAUCAAUUAAAAAAACAAAUCACAGACAAUUAAGUGAGAUAAAACUCAAAAGCUGUUUUAGUUCAUGAAUAAAGAACAUAACUAAUUGAAAUUUCACUAACUCAACAAUGGUAAACUCAAAAUCUGUAUGAAAAUUUAUUAUAAACAUUUAUAAAUUUGGUAGAUUAAAAAAUAGAACAUUGGUAAAAUUUAAUAAAUGGAUAUCCUAGUUUGAAUCCAUUUUAAUAUAAUACAUAAAAAUUAUGUGAAAAAAUCAUGAAUGUAAUGUAUGGACAUAUGAUUAGCUUAGGAUUGCAUUGGAUAAAUAUAUAGGCGUACCUUAGGAGUGGUUUGAUAUGAAAACAACCACAACUAAAGGUAUUUCUGUAAAAAAACUGAGUCAUGCUCAACUAAAUAUUAAUGUAAUAACAUUAAAAUUAUAUUCGAUGUUUUAUUCUUUAGUAAUGAAUGAUUUCGACAGAGUAAUAAUGCGAUCUAAAUUAGUCGGUGUACGUCGAACAGUAUGUGAAGGACUUAACAUCCAAUGAUAGAUAAAAAGAAAUAGAUAUAAUAGACAACAUAUCUCUAUAUAAUGAUUCCACCACUAUUAUCUUGGUCAGCAUUGUCAAGAAUAAAGGAAAGAUAGUCAACAAAAAUCAAUUAGCUCUAGCUAAUUUUUUUCAUUACGUUGAUGCAAAUGAUUUCAAAGAAUCAGUCUCAUAAGUACAUAAUUUACUCCCGAAAACUAUGAUGAAAGGCCAUGAAUAUCUUAUAGAUUCUUUCAUCUAGAAAGGACAUAGCGAAUAUUUUAUUCGAAAGAUUUCAGGAUAUUAUGAAAAUAAGAAAGGUUUUGUUGAGAAAUGCUAUGUGAAAUUAGGGAAUCUGUUUGAGGAAUUGGAUGAUUACGUUAUUACAGCUUCAAUACUCAAAUGCAAUAUAUCUAAUUAGAUCAUCAUGGUUGAUGCGGAAGGAAAAAUCAUAGGAAUCAGCGAAGAACUAUAUAAAACAAUUAGUGCUAAGGUUCCUGGAUUAAACAUUGAGUUUUUCAAAGAAUUCUGUCAUUUCUUUCUUAUUUUCCCAUCAUUCUUAUCUAUUUUGAAUCAAAACCUAAAUAAAAUUAGUGAACUAGAUCACUAAUUUAUAGAAGAUGAAGAACAUCUAUUUUAUAUACCUUCAAAUCUUAUCGAACUCAAUUCUUUAUUUGUUAGAGAAUCCUAUGAAAAAAUUGGGAACACACUUUAAGAAGGACUGGAAAGUUAAAAUCUGAGUUCUUGGAGAUCGUGGAAAUCUGCGUAAAGAUCAAUGAAAAGCGAGCAUUCCUUAGGGCUUGAAAGAGGCAAUACAACAAUAUUAGGAGAGAAAGUUCCAAUUGCAGAUAAAUCUAAUAUAAAUUUUCAUUUUCAAUUUAUGAAUUAGCACAAAGAUUAAUUAGAUAAGGUAUUGAAUUAUGAUCUAAGUUUGUAGUACACAAUAAUCAGAAGCAAAAUAAAGAUGUCUUAUUAGAUGAUGAAAGUAAAGAGAUAUUCUUAUCCUUACUUCAUUAUUGAAUUGGAACAUAUGAAUGAGAUUAACACUUAGCAUAAGUUUUUUAACAGAUAUCCAACAAUGGGGUAAAAUUUUGAGGCUUGCACAACAAUGUUCACUUCUGCCUUAAACCAUAAAUCUUUAAAUGAAACAGUACCGUCUAGUGCAGAAAAAUCAAUUUAUGAUACCAAACCAGUUAGUUUUUAACCAGAUGUAGUGGUCGUUGAAUAAUAAAAAAAUAAACAGAUAAAUAAAACUUCAAAAGUUAAUGAUGAUAAAAUUAAAUAAUUAAUUUAAUAAGAUGAUAGUAACAUCUUAUUUGGAAAUGAUCAUUCUUAAAUUAGGCUGUUUGACAAGCCAAGCGCAAUUGAAAUUUAGGACGUUUCAGCACCACCCUCAGAAAUUUUAUUACCACAAAAUCCAUGUAGACCACAUUUUAGUGGUAUACCUAUUCAAGUAGAUUAGGAUAAUGAUUCGGAUGAAUUUUUUCAACUUCAUAAGCAAUUUGAUGUAAUAAUUUAUCAUGCAAUUUUAGGAAAAAUCGUUCAAAGUUGAAGAGAAAUAAUUAUAACGAGAAAAAUCAAGUGAUGAUUUUAAAGAUAAGGAUGAAUCAUAGUAAGAAAUAGAAGAUAACCUUGAGAGACAUUCUUCAAACUAAAAUAUUAAUAAGAAAGACUUUAUUCAAUUAUUAGUUGAGAAUAAAAAAUUAUAAUAAGAGUAACUAAACCUCUUUAUAUUUUUAGGAAUCAAAAUGAUAAUGAAGAUGAGGAGAAGAAAAAAAGGUCUAUUGCAAGCUCAUCAAGAACUAGUACUUCAAAGUCCCCUUCCUUGCUUGUUCGCUCCUUGUAUUAAGUAAGUACAUUUGGAGGAGGAAUUAAGUCCGUCAUAUUUGCUAUAUUAUUGUAUCUUGUUUUACAAUUCUGUCUCGUGUUUGUGAAAUUAAGCAUCAUUCAAAGUAAUUUUCAUGAAUAAUUUAGAUAAUUAUGACAUACUUUAAACUAAUAUUAAUUAUGUGACUUAUCCUGAAACUUUAAAUUUCUAUUUCUAAAAAAUAGCCUUUUUUGCUUGGAUUAGUCUGGAGGAAAGGCUUGAUAUAAUAAAAUAUAGUGAGUUCAUUAAAAAAUAAUAAUUAGAAGAACUGACAGCUACUAGAGCAAUAAUAGAUGUAAAAUUAAAUGAAUUGUACUAAGGAAUUAUAUAAUUUGAGGAAUAAAUAAUGAAUGAUGAACUUAAGCUAGUAAGCAUUAAUGACUUAUCUUUUUCAGAAUAAUAACUAGAUCUUACUUAAUUGAUUCAACAAAUUCAGCUGCAUUCAUUUAAUUAUAUAGAUAAUGCGGAAGAAGGGGUCAUAUUCUCUGACAGUCUUUUCUUUAGAUUAAAUAUUCCAUAUGUUUACAAGUUUGCUUAUAAAUAUAUCACCUUACUAAAUGAAAAUUUGAUAUACUAUGAGGAUAGAAUCAUAAAUGACGUUGUAAUAUUGACCAUGACUUUUAUUUCUGUGGAUAGUUGCAUUAUAUUGUAUAUACUUUAUAAUACUUAUUUACUGACUUAAUAUGAGAGAUAGAUUUUGAUGCUGAUUACUAGGGUUUCCCAUAAAACAGCUGAAGAAAUUAUUUCAAAACUAGGGGAUGUGAAAACCAUUUUGAUUGAACCUUCAUAACUGUUAUGGAAAAGAGUGAAUUAUUUUGAAGUUAAUUAUGAGCAAGUCCAAUAAAAUCAAUAAGUAGUAAGCCUUUUGUUUGCAAAAUCAAUUAAGACGUAAUCAGUUACUAAAUCAAAUGAAUUAUCUGGAUAAAAGUCAAAAAUAAAAUCAAAAAGGUCAUUUUAGAGUAAUUCAUUGGCUUAGCGAAUAUAUGAUUUAACCUUAAGCUACCCUUCAAAUCUUAUUUUUCUAUUUUUUCUUUGGUUUCUGGCGAUUUUAUUUAUUAUUGGUGGAAUUCUAGUCACAAUCAGUCAAGUUUCAGAUAUUAAGCCGACCUUAAAUCUUAAUUUAUAAUUAAUUCGCUUUAAACUUAGAUUUGACACCCUGAUAGUAUUGGGAGAAGGUCUAAAAACUCAAUAAGUUAUUAGCGAUUAAUUUAAGGCUAAAUUCGAAAAUUUUAACAUCGAUAUGAAUAAUUAACUGAUAUUAGAUCUCUUUAGUGAGCAAACUAAUGGAUUUUAGGAUGCUAUGCGAGGCAUAUAUGAUUCGCUUGCUAGUUAAUCUGGACUCUUAGAAUCUCAGAAGAAAGAACUUUUGAUGUAUUUUGAGGAUAGUCUCUGUAAUUAUAUGAGUGAGGAAAUACCAUUUUGUACUAUAAGAGUAUCGAAUCAAAAUUUUUCUGUUCCUGAUUCCUUCAAAGCAACCUACGGCAAUCCAUGGCUGGAAGAUAAUAAUUUUGAUUAUUUGUCUGGAGGUAUAACAGGAUGCGUGUAAGAAUUUACAAAAACUUUAAAUUUGUAUUUUUCAAAAGAAAUUUAAUCAAAAUAGUUGCAAGUGAAAACAAUCUCAGAAGCAGUAUCAUUUUUAAAAACACAAAUUCACAUAAAUCAAUUUGUAGAAUAUUUUCUUGACUCUGGAAAAUUGUUGCAAAUCAUUGGAGACAAUUUAUUCGAAUAAAAUUAAUCAAAAUUAUAAUAAGCCACAACGAUUAUGCAAUUAUACAUAUACAUAACAGGACUAGGUUUGUUAAUUAUUCUAAGUUUUAUCUCAUAUUUUUGGUUGAAGUAUGUCAGUGCAAGAAUGAAGCUAAUGAGGUUAAGUUUGACGCUAAUCCCAUAUGAAAUCCUACUUGAGCCAAAGACAAUGAGUUCUUUAAAAUAAUUAUGA